AUGAGUGAAAGUAUUUUAGCACAAGCCACUGCUCAAAUAUAUUUAUUUGACAGGAGUACAAAACGUUGGAUCACACCGGAUGGGCUUGACACUUCUAAUGAUCCUCAGUCUACAAAUCAAUUAGCCCAAAUUUUAUUGUUACAUCAUGUUGGAAGAGGAACUUUUAGAAUUGUUGGAAUGCAAAAAGAUGGUAGAGGAAUUAUUAUAGAGACAAAAUUAUUUGCAAGAAUUAAAUAUCAAAAAGCUAAUGAUAUGUUUCAUCAAUGGCGUGAUGAACAAAAGCAAGUUUUUGGUGUUAAUUUUGCAGAUCAUUAUGAGGCUUCAAUUUUUUAUCAAAAUGUUAUUAAAGUUUUAAAUUCAAUGGAAGAUAAUCCUAAUAUUGAUCCUGGUGGUGAUCUAUAUCAAGAUCCUGCUGUUAUUACAAAUGGAAGAUUAGGAGGAAAUCAACAACAAAAUGGAAUGGUAAAUGGUAAUAAUGUUGGUUAUACGAAUGGUAUGAGUCAUGAUGUAGAUCAAGACUCUAUAACAUCAUCUAAUUCUCAUGGUUAUCUUAAUGGUAACUCUCAAAUGACUGUUCAAAUACAGGCAAUGAAUAAUGCAAGUGUUUUGCGUAAACCUAGUUAUAUAAUUCCUCAACAACAAUCAAAUCCUAAUUUAGCUACUCAACAACAAAAUCAACGCCGUGCCUCACAGGGAUCUUCUGGUUCAUCAACACAUUCCUCUACUAAUUAUUCAGUACCAUCUAAUGGAACAACAGGUAACGGAACAGCUACAACAAGAAAUAUACCACCACCACCUCCUCCACCAAAUGUUUCUUUAAAAUCUAGUUGUCCUGUUACAAAUAAUCCACCACCACCACCUCCACUACCAGUUAACUUGAAAACUGAAUGUAAAGGAAAUUCACUUGCUGAUCAACUUAAAAAAGCUCAACUUAAAAAAGUUAAUUCUGUGGAAGGAAAUGGAACACCAACAACAGUUACUCCUAAAUCUAGUAUAAGUGCAAAUAAAGGAGAUUUAUUAUCAGAGUUAGCAGCAAAAAUAACAAAACGAAAAAAUCAAGAAGAAAUAAAAAGUAACGGAAGUGGUGAUAGUGUUAAUGUAUCUGAUAAAAAAUCUUCUGAAACAUCAUCAACAAAUGGUACACUAGUACAAAAUAAUUCAAAUAUAAGUUUAAGAUCAUGGAAACAAACUACAUCAAAUGGUGAUAUAAAUACAAAUGGUGUUGAUUCUCCAAAAACACAUCGAAAAAUUCCUAGUGUUUCAUCAUUAUCAUCACAAGAAGAUCCUCUUAAAAAUAUAAAUCAUUCAACAGGUCAAGUUACAGUUGCUGAUCUGGAAAGGCAUAAACAAGAUGUUUUGGCGGAGGUUCAGAAAAAAUUACAAACUUUUAAAUUAGAAAUAGUUCAAGAAGUUGUGGCAGCAAUUAGGAAUGAAUUACGUUCUUCUUAA